AUGGACGCGACGAUAGGAAAGUUCGUCGAUUCCGUCUCUGGCUUCUUCUCCGGCACUGCCUCGGGCUCCGGCGAUGAGUUCCCCUUGUGCGACGCCGACAUCAUCUCGGGAUGUGAGAAAGAGCUUGCAGAGGCUCAGAAAGGCCAAGACGAAGGGCAUAAGAAGGAAUGCAUCAUGCGCCUAUCGUGGGCUCUUGUUCAUUCAAAGACACCGGCGGAUAUACAGCGUGGGAUAGCUAUGCUUGAAGCUUCUGUGGUUAGUGAUUCAAGUCCGAUGAAACUAAGGGAGAAGCUCUAUCUCCUUGCUGUUGGGUACUAUCGAAGCGGUGACUAUUCAAGAAGCCGGGAUUAUAUAGAACGGUGCUUGGAGGUUGAACCGGAGUGGAGACAGGCUCAGACGCUAAAAACGGCUAUAGAGGAUCGUAUUGUGAAAGAUGGUGUGAUUGGCGUUGGAAUUGCUGUUACUGCUGUUGGGAUCGUUGCUGGUAUUGCUGCAGCCUUAGUACGCAGAGGCUGA